AGCUGCCCCCGCGCGGCCGGGGCUGUGUUUUGCGUUGCCUUGACAACAGCCACUUCCGGGAGCGGCGGCGACGCGCAGCCCGGGGCCCUGGGCCCGGAUUCCGGCCUCCGCUCGGCCGGGAGCGUCUCCGGCCAGCGUCGGGCCGCCGGCGCCGCCAUGGUUGUGCUGCACGUGAAGCGGGGCGACGAGAGCCAGUUUCUGCUGCAGACGCCCGGGAGCACCGAGCUGGAGGAGCUCACGGUGCAGGUGACCCGGGUCUACAACGGGCGGCUCAAGGUGCAGCGGCUCUGCUCAGAAAUGGAAGAAUUAGCAGAACAUGGCGUGUUUCUCCCUCCGAAUAUGCAAGGACUGACUGAUGAGCAGAUCGAAGAGCUGAAACUGAAGGACGAGUGGGGCGACAGGUGUGUCCCCAGCGGGGGCUCCGUGUUUAAAAAGGAUGACAUUGGACGAAGGAACGGACAAGCCCCAAAUGAAAAAAUGAAGCAAGUCUUAAAGAAGACUAUAGAAGAAGCCAAAGCAAUAAUAUCUAAGAGGCAAGUGGAGGCCGGCGUCUGCGUGACCAUGGAGAUGCUGAGAGACGCCUUGGACCAGCUCCGCGGCGCCGUGAUGAUUGUGUACCCCAUGGGGUUGCCGCCCUACGAUCCCAUCCGGAUGGAGUUUGAGGACAAGGAAGACCUGUCGGGAACUCAGGCGGGACUGAACGUCAUCAAGGAGUCCGAGGCACAGCUGUGGUGGGCAGCCAAGGAGCUCCGCAGGAGCAAGAAGCUUUCCGACUACGUGGGGAAGAACGAGAAAACCAAAAUCAUCGUCAAGAUCCAGCAGAGGGGACAGGGCGCCCCCGCCCGCGAGCCCAUCAUCAGCAGUGAGGAGCAGAAGCAGCUCAUGCUGUAUUAUCACAGAAGACAGGAGGAGCUCAAGAGACUGGAAGAAGACGACGACGACUCCUGUUUAAAUUCCCCCUGGGCGGAUAGCACUGCCUUGAAGAGACACUUUCACGGAGUGAAGGACAUCAAGUGGAGGCCAAGAUGAAGCGCGGCCGACGAAGCUGUCAGAGCUGCUUGCUCCCCUUUGUCCUUGGCAGACGAAGCUGUCAGAGCUGCUCGCUCCCCUUUGUCCUUGGCAGCACGUUGCCACCGAGGCAGCGUCGCCCCCCUCCCCAAAGAGGUUGGAGUUCCAGUUUGCCUUUGGUUUGAGUUUUUACAGUAGCAGUCAUUUGGUCUUUUAGAACCAAAUAAGUACAUCCUCCUAGGAAGGUGUACAAUUAUUUUGUUCCAGGACAAAUACUUAGUUUCUUGGGGUUUUCGUUAAUAAAAUACUAAUGGUGGAAUU